AUGGACUCUCAGUGGGAUUCAAUGAAGCCCUUUGUGCCAAUGGUCGGGAAGGAAGCACAUCUCCCUGUUGCGGCAGUCCUCAUGCUGACAGGUUUGUUCAUCGCGCUGCAUUUGAGAAGGGAGAGGCUAGAUCUCGGCUAAUGUUCACCGCAGGAUUCCUUCUCACGGGGUUAUUCUCUAUAAGUACGGGCUUGCAAUCGACGGAAUUAGGGCUAUGGUGAUUAACAAUCUCUAGAUAAAUCCGUCACGACCGCCCCCCUAUUGGCGAUUCCAGCUUCCCUGGCGCUUGGGUAUGCCCCCCACACGGUAUCAUAGCUCCAGAGCAAUUGUAACUGACGGGCGUAGGUUUGGAUCUGUAUACUUGAUUUGCGCGGUCGGUGUCUACGUU